UCAUUCUGGUGGAAAGGUGAUGGAAGCCUGGUUCAUCAUCGUAGUCUCAGCGUGCGUCUGUGUCAUCGUAAGAGCCAUAUUCUCCCUUCAAACCAAAACCAUCAACACCCCUCCGGGCCCUCUUCACAUCCCGAUCCUCACAAGCAUCCAAUGGCUCCUCAAAUCCUUCAGCCAACGCGAGCCAAUUCUCCGAAACCUCCACGCCAAGUUUGGCCCCAUCGUCACCAUCCGCAUCGGAUCUCAACCAGCUAUAUUCAUCGCCAACGGUACCCUCGCCCACCAAGCCCUCGUCCAAAAUGGUUCUCUUUUCUCCGAUCGCCCCAAGGCUCUCGCCACCGCCAAAAUCAUAACAACCCAUCAACACAACAUUAACUCCGCCUCCUAUGGCGCCACCUGGCGCACCCUCCGCCGCAACCUCACCUCCCAGAUUCUCCACCACUCCCGCAUCAAGUCCUUCUCUGGGAUUCGCAACUGGGUGCUCCACACCCUCCUCACGCACCUCAAAUCCCACUCCCAUUCCAACAACUCUGUCAGAGUCAUCGACCACUUCCAAUACUCCAUGUUCUGCUUGCUUGUCUUCAUGUGCUUCGGGGAACGACUCGACGAUGGCAAAGUCAGAGACAUCGAGCGCGUGCAGCGCCAGAUGGUUGUGCGCCUUAAGAGCUUCAACAUCCUCAAUUUCUGGCCCAGAGUCACGCGCGUUUUGUUCCGCAAACUCUGGGAGGAGUUGCUGAGGCUUCGGAAGGAGCAAGAGGAUGUUUUGGCUCCUGUUAUAAGAGCGAGGAAGCAAAAGCGAAAGCAAGGCAAGAAUGAAGGUGUUGUUUCGUAUGUUGAUACUUUGUUGGAUUUACAGUGGCCCGAGGAGAAACGAAAGCUCAACGAAGAGGAGAUUGUGACGCUGUGUAAUGAGUUUUUAAACGCGGGCACGGAUACGACUUCCACUGUGUUGCAGUGGAUCAUGGCGAAUUUGGUGAAGUACCCGCACGAGCAAGAGAGGGUGGUGGAUGAGAUAAGGGAGGUGUUGGGUGAGAGAGAAGAGAGGGAAGUGAAAGAGGAGGAGUUGCAGAAACUGCCUUAUCUGAAAGCUGUGAUUUUGGAAGGUUUGAGGCGUCACCCACCUGGGCACUUUGUGCUACCGCAUGCAGUGAGUGAGGACGUGGUUUUUAACGAUUACUUGGUCCCUAAGAAUGGGACAGUGAAUUUCAUGGUGGCAGAGAUGGGGUGGGACCCUAAGGUGUGGGAGGAUCCAAUGGCGUUUAAGCCAGAGAGGUUUAUGAAUGAUGAAGGGUUUGACAUUACUGGUAGUAAAGAGAUCAAGAUGAUGCCGUUCGGUGCUGGGAGAAGGAUUUGCCCUGGCUAUAAUCUGGCGUUGCUUCAUUUGGAGUACUUUGUGGCUAAUUUGGUUUGGAAUUUUGAGUGGAAGGCUCCAGAGGGAGGGGAUGUCGAUUUGUCAGAGAAACAAGAGUUAACAGUGGUAAUGAAAUAUCCAUUGCAGGUUCAUCUUUCUCCUAGGAUCUAGACUCUGCCCGCUUCAUUGUAUAACAGAGAUACACAAGCACUCGUCUUUUCCUAAA